AACUCAAAAUAGUUGAACCUAAGAAGGUAGGCCUUUGUUUGAGCAACAUUCCAUCAGCUACGCCAUUAAUGAGCUCGAAGAAGAAAGAGGGUUUUGUUGAGUUAUAGUAGUAUAACAACUCCUAUUAUUGUUGAUAUUUGUCUACUUGGGCCAGGCCCAAAUUUGUAGCACGGUUUCGAAUAUAGGCUAUGCAAGUGUUUCAAUACAGAGUAAUUGAUAUCUUCUUCAACCUAUCUUCUUCAACCUAAUUUCAGUUUUCUGGCGGAAAAACUUUGAUACAAUCAGCAAGUUUGCUUGGGAAACGUGAAUAUUAGAUUGAAAUCUCGUUUCCGGGAUAAAUUCAGUUUCAAACACGUCUCUAUUUUUCUGAAACGGUUUCGGCGCGUUCCGAAUCGCGUUUCCCGGUUUCCCCGUUUCAGGACGUUUCGGAAACGGUAAUAUUAACAAUGGCGUCCAAACGCUGCCACCCCGACAAUCAGCAAGGAUGCGGAAAGAAGAAGAGGAAGGGCGAAGCCAAACUGUCAUUCCCAGAACUAGAAGAACUCAGCCACCAACUUCUUGUAGCAUCGUCAAUUGAAAACGAGAACCAUGUCAGAAUCCUAUUAAAUUAUACCACCCCAGAAUCCGACUCUGAAUUUGUCGUUCAAUCCAUCCUCUCUCUCCAAACCUUCUUUGCCGUUCGCCUCCUUGAUGGACAUGUGUUCGAUUCUCGCCUCCGUACCAUGUUCGAUGACUUCCUCGCACAUCUUAUCCACAUCGCUUCUUCUCCUCUCUGCAAAUUUCACCUUGUCAGGAUGGCUGUUUUGGAAGCGAUAAUGGUGUUUGUGAAGCUUAACAAAAAAGGACAUUUCUGUUUUACGCUUUACCAAAGAUUGAUUCAGGCUCUUAUUUAUUCUCCCUUGGAAGUUGACUUCUUUCUUGACUCUCUAUUAUCAAACUACUUCAACUACAUUGAUGUACGUUAUUUUACCUUCAUGACUGUGCAGAACAUAUGUAAUACACUUGACAAACGGAUCAGUUCAGGUAACAAUUAUGUGACUCAAGAUGGCCCACAAGCAAGCCUAGAUCACUCGAUAAACAAGAUCCACUUCAUCCUUACACACAUUCCUCCACUAGGUGACUCAGAUACUGAUUUUGAAGUGUGGAGCGAAGGCUUUUUAUCUAAAGAAGGCGAUAAUCAGGAGAAUCCUACUCGUAAAGAAGGGAAAGGUGGCUCGGAGAGAAAAGAUAAGUCUGCUAAAAAGAUAGUAAAGCUGAAGCUGAAGUUUACCAAGGCAUGGAUGUCAUUCCUUAAAUUACCACUUUCAGUUGAGGUCUACAAGGAGGUGCUCGUCAAGUUGCCUCAGGCUGUCAUUCCUUAUUUGUCCAAGCCGGAGAUGUUGUGUGACUUCUUGACAAGAUCCUAUGAUGUUGGUGGAGUUGUCAGUGUAAUGGCUUUGAGUGGACUCUUUGUUCUCAUGACACAGCAUGGUAUAGAAUAUCCUGACUUCUACCAGAAGCUAUAUGCACUUUUAGUACCAUCUGUAUUUAUGGCAAGACAUCGCGCUAAGUUUCUUGAGCUGUUGGAUGUCUGUUUGAAGUCCCCUCUUCUUCCAGCAUAUAUAGCAGCUGCUUUUGCAAAAAAGUUGAGUCGACUAUCUCUUGUAGUAACCCCAUCCGGGGCACUGGUUAUCAUAGCACUGGUCCACAAUCUUUUGCGGAGACAUCCAUCAAUUAAUUGUUUAGUUCAUCAGGAAUUCCAUGGAAAAACUUAUAGUCAUGAUGGGAAUGCUGAUGUUGCCUCUGACAUAGCUAGAGGAAAACAAGGAGUUGAUGUUUUCAAGGAUAAAGAAAGUGAUCCUUUAAAAUCAAAUGCGAUGAGGAGUUCUCUUUGGGAGAUUGAUAUGCUCCGCCACCACUAUUGUCCUCCUGUUUCUAGAUUUGUUUUGUCGCUGGAAAAUGACUUGACUGUAAGGGCUAGAACUACAGAAAUGACGGUUUCUGACUUCAGUUCUGGUUCAUAUUCUACGAUAUUCAAGGAGGAGAUGAGAAGAAGGGUUAAACAAGUUCCUCUGGCGUUCUAUAAGACGACACCAACAUCCUUGUUUUCAGAGUUGGAUUUUCCCGGUUGGACUUUCAAUGGCGAACAAUUGAAAGUUAUGUAAUUACUAUAGUCUGUAAUUUAGUUUAUUUAGAUAAUCUAGUAACAAAAGUUUGAAUUAGGUGUAUAUAACAUUUUUUAUGUGGGUUUUAAAAUUUGGAUAUCAAGCCUUAUCAUUUA